AUGGUAGCAAGCGAGAGGCAAGGGAAGCUAUGCAAUGAUGGCGAUAGGGAAAGCUCGGCCAAUGACGACAAUGGUGACAGGGGAAGCUCGACAGCAAUGGCGAUGGGGAAGCUUGUCUACUCCGAUCCACGGGCCACCUCCCUCCGCCGCCGCGCGGCGGAGAGUCCCAACGAGGCGGCUGGAGAAGGAGUCCGCGGGGAUAACUACGGCGAGGGUGCGUUCUGCUCCCAGCCGGAUCCGAAGUGUGCGACGUCGUAUCAUGACGUUAAUCCUUUCGCGGAGAAUGACUCGAAUCCGUUCGACGACGGGCCUGAUCCGACCAAAUCUAGGGCUAACCUGUCGAACGAGAAGCGUAGGGACCGAGAGGAGCUCAGCGACGGCGGGACGCCUUAUUCUUACAACAAGAAACCGAAAUUCGCCGGCGGUGGCGGAGGCGGAGCGAGUUCCGCCAGUGGCGGCGGAGAGUACAGGAAGGACAGGGAGGAGUGGAGUGACACGGCGAUUGCGUGUCUCCUAGACGCGUACACGGAGAAGUUUACGCAACUGAACAGGGGCAAUUUGCGGGGGAGGGACUGGGAGGAGGUAGCAGCUAUUGUGAGUGAGAGAUGCGAGAAGCAAACGAAGAGUGUUGAGCAGUGCAAGAACAAAGUGGACAAUUUGAAGAAGAGAUACAAGUUGGAGCGGCAUAGGAUGAACAAUGGCGGCGUUUCAGCAAGUCAUUGGCCGUGGUUCAAGAAGAUGGAGGUUAUUGUUGGUAAUUCAUUACCCUCAAAGGCUGUACCAGAUGACGACAAGGCUGUUGCUGGAUCGUCAAACUCGCUUAGACAAUCAAAAAGAUAUGGAAUUGCAACACCCAGCCCUAGUGCACAGAUAACUAACAUGAAGUCGAAAUCUUUAACAAACCCUAGAUGGCGAAGGGUUGUUUUCAAAAUUAGUGGAGCUGCUCUAGCUGGCAGUGGUCCUCAUAAUAUUGACCCAAAGGUGGCAAUGCUUAUUGCUCGAGAAGUCUCAACUGCUUGCCGCCUUGGUGUUGAGGUGGCAAUUGUUGUCGGAGGCCGUAAUUUCUUCUGUGGAGACACUUGGGUUACGGCAACUGGUUUAGAUAGAUGUACAGCUUAUCAAAUUGGUAUGAUGGCAACUGUGAUGAAUUCCAUAUUGCUUCAGUCAGCUUUAGAGAAGAUGGGUAUCCAGACUCGAGUGCAAACGGCAUUUGCAAUGCCAGAGGUUGGUGAACCAUACAGUAGACAAAGGGCUAUUCGGCAUCUUGAAAAAGGAAGAGUUGUAAUAUUUGGUGGUAUUGGUGCUGGCACUGGAAACCCACUCUUCUCCACUGAUACAGCAGCCGCUCUUAGGGCUUCCGAGAUUCACGCAGAUGCUGUCCUGAAAGGUACCAAUGUAGAUGGUAUUUAUCUCUGCGACUCCAGAAGCAACAAUGUCAUUUUUGAACAUAUUUCCUUCAGGGAGUUGGCCUCCAGAGGUACUUCUCCUAUGGAUACAAUGGCAGUAUCAUUCUGUGAGGAGAAUGGAAUUCCUGUUCUGGUAUUUAACCUUCAUGAACCUGGCAACAUAUCAAGAGCACUGUGUGGAGAACAAGUUGGCACGCUGAUUGAUCAGACCGGAAGAGUUAGCUAAUUCUUGGGGAUCAUCAUAUAGAUAUAAUGCUUGGCAUUUCAACAUGUGAUUGUGAGGUGGAAUAAAAUUGGUGGCUCUCUCUGGAAGUAAGAGGUGAUUUUGAACUUGUGUAUGGGAUAAUCCCAAUCGUGUUAGGGCAGAUCUCAGCAAGAAACCACACUGGUUAGGACUUCUCCCGUUGUGUUAUGCUAUAGAACAUAAGCUUCUAAUAUGCUUGUGCUGUUAACUCAUUGUCUACAGUAAUAACAACAUGAUCCAUGACUUGCUUUGAUCAUUGCCUUCUUGUUCUUUCUCGGGUAUUUCUCAUGCUUGUAAAUUGUUCCAACUUCUCCCAGUAAUUAGUGGGGGAGCAGAGUCGACUCAAAUGGAUUAAUUGAUAGUGGUUUCAAGAGCGCCCCCCCCCCCCCCCCCCCCCCCCCCAAAAAAAAAAAAAAAAAAAAAAACUGGCUCAAAAUGUUCAAUGAUGCAAGUGCUCGUGGCAUGUUUCUUUCUGCAGCUCCUUAAUGAUAAUGGUAGGUCAUGCUGCACCAUGAUGGAUUAAUGUUGCUGAGUAUGAUAGGACUUUUGACUUGCUGUAGGUGUUUUAAACUGUACCACAGCUGUUGGUUUAUGGUUGUAAUUUUGUUACGUAUGAUAUAAAUGACUCAUCAUGCUUUGUUGAUCAGCAGAUUAUGCUCGAGUCAAAUAGAUUUUUCCACUGUAAUGUAAACUUUCGACAGCAUCCAAAGGUUUUUACUGGAAUUUUAGGCAGUUCAUGGAAGCUGCCUCUCCUUGGUAAAGAAUAAAUAUGGAGAGAUGUGACCACCACAGGUUCUGAAGAACUCUUGACUUUAGUGAAAGGUGAAAAGAAACUGUCCCCUGCCACUGCUAGAUAGACGUGGAUGUGUUUGCUUGCCUUUUUUCCAUCAGCAAUGAGUUGGUGACAGUGAAAAAGGAGAGGAAUGGAUGAUUGUUUCAAAUAAAGGCAAAGAAUAGUAAGGGGCAGGAUGUCAACUUUCUUUCCAUUUUCUUUUGUUUUCAUGGCAUCCUUUUCUUGCCAUGCACUUAUUGUUCAACUUUGUGAUUCUGAUUUGAGUGUAGCUCUAUGAAUUGAAACAUAAAACACGAGAAAGGGCGUUUUAAGUA